CUUGAUGAGAUGUUGCGCGCUAUUCGACGUCGCAUUGACUCAUGUCAAAACAAGAUUGCAGAUGAGCCUGAUGAAGCCGCCGACACAGUAACGAAAAAUGAUGUUGGACCCAAAAUACCUUGGUACUUUGCGAAUGGGUUUCUACUGUUCUGGGCACUGCUCUUUUUCGCCAUCGUAAUUCCAUUUUUCUAUCGGUUACCAACGGCGCUAACAGACGAAGAUGCCAGCAGGAAUGAAUUUAUUGCGGAACGUGCCUACAAAAAUCUCUACACUCUGUCUAAUAUUGGCACCAAAUUGACUGGCAGCAAAGAAAACGAGAUCGAAGCAGUAAAUUUCAUUCUUAAUGAGUUGAAAAAAAUUGAGGAAAAUCUACAGGAAGACCUUUUCGAAAUGGAAACUGAUGUAUCGCAAGCAGCCGGCUCUUUUCCAUAUAGUACCAUGCUCAACGUGUACCAAGGCGUUCAAAACAUUGCUGUGAAAUUAACGCCAAAGAAUAGCACUAGCCAAACCUACCUCCUCGUCAAUAGUCACUUCGAUUCCAAGCCAUUCACUCCGUCUGCCGGCGACGCAGGAUUUAUGAUUGUCACAAUGUUGGAAGUUUUGCGUGUUAUUGCCACAACAAAACAGCAAUUUGAGCAUCCGAUCGUAUUUCUAUUUAAUGGAGCCGAAGAAGGCAUGAUGCAGGCAUCUCAUGGCUUUGUGACUCAACACAAAUGGGCUCCAUUCUGCAAAGCCGUCGUUAAUCUUGAUGCUGGUGGCAGUGGAGGUCGGGAAAUUCUCUUCCAAAGUGGUCCCAAUAAUCCAUGGCUUGUAAAUUAUUACAAAAAAUACGUCAAGCAUCCGUUCGCAACAACCAUGGCUGAGGAAAUUUUUCAAUCAGGAAUUAUUCCAUCCGAUACCGAUUUUCGGCAGUUCAAUAAGUAUGGUAACAUCCCAGGAUUGGACUUGGCGCAAUGCAUUAAUGGUUAUGUCUACCAUACCAAAUACGAUCUUAUCGAUGUGAUUCCUCGUGGCUCCUUGCAAAAUACCGGCGAUAAUGUGCUUAGUCUGGUUCGAGGACUGGCUAACGCAACUGAAUUAAAUAAUAAGGCCGACAACACUGGUCACGCAGUCUUCUUCGAUUUCCUUGGCCUAUACUUCAUACAUUAUUCAGAUACUACAGGAAUAUGGUUGAACUUAUGUGUUGCCAUAGCUACCCUUAUAUUGAUUUUCGUUUCAAUAUGGCGCAUGUCGAAGGUCUCUUACGAAUCCAUUUCCUCUGUGACGCGCUGGUUUUCACUGAUCCUGCUCGUCCAGCUUUUAUCCUUUGUUUUCGGACUAGCAUUUCCUGCAAUAGUGGCAUGGUUUAUGGACAGUGUGGGGCAAUCGCUGACCUACUUUAGCUCCCCGAUGCUGAUCGUUGGGUUAUAUGUGUGUCCCUCACUGAUUGGCCUAGCUUUGCCUAUAACAAUCCACUACAAUAUUCAACGCAAUGAUAAGAUCUCACUCGCUUAUCAUCUUCAACUGGCAUUGCACAGCCAUGCCGCCAUCCUGGCUCUUCUGGUUAUUUUCUUGACAGCGUUCGGAAUACGAUCAACGUAUAUUUUUGUAAUUCCACUGAUCUUCUACUCACUAUCCCUUGUGCUUAACCUAUUGACUACGCUACACGAUCGUGGCUACGCCUGGAUGGGCAUCCUUAAAGCGGGACAGCUCAUUCCUUUCAUAUGUAGCAGCUACACCUUUUAUAUAUUUAUUGUUGUUCUGACACCAAUGGGUGGCCGUUCAGGUAGUGCCUCUAAUCGCGACGUAUUAAUUUCUCUGUUGACAGCAAUUGGAACGAUUUUAUCGUUUGGCUUCUUGCUCCCGCUCAUCAAUAACUUCCGUCGGCCCAGCUUUAUAAUACUCACCCUUCUGGGAGUCACAGUUCUGACUAUGUUCUUAGCCAGCUUCACACAAAUCGGCUUCCCUUAUCGACCAAAGACCAACGGGCAUCGAGUUGCAUAUCUGCAAGUGCGCAACAUGUUCUAUGAGUACGAUGGCACACUCGGUAGGGACGAGUCGGGCUAUUUGUUUAGUUUUCAGGAUCGCCGUGAAGAGAAACCAUUGUUGGGUACAAAGGUUAAUCUAACUGGGUUGGUUAGCAUUAAAUCAAGAUGCAAGGCCGAAAUGAUGUGUGGCAUGCCGCUGUACGAUUACCGAUUCACCAAGAGUAGACUUCAAAGCAAGUGGCUACCGCGUUCUGAACCAAUUGUUCCGCCAGGCAUAAGUACAUUGGACAUGCUGAAUAAAACCGUGCUCAAUGCUACGAAUGUUCGCUUUGAAUUUAACUUGACUGGACCCUCUCACAUGAGUUUGUUUAUCCAACCCUAUGAAAAUGUGAAGAUAAGCAACUGGUCUUUUCUACCCAGCUAUCUUGAUACGCCUUUGCCAUAUCAUAUCUAUUUAACAUAUGGCAUUGACAGCUCUCCGUACAAUUUCUUUGUGGAAGCUGAGAGUUUGCACGGCGAUUUGGGAUUUCCCUUAUUUCAACUAGGAGUAUCUGCGCACUUUAUUGGAAAUGAAGGAGACGCCCAAAGCGUGAAGUUCGCAUCUUCUUUUCCGUCCUAUUCUAUUCUGGCCGAGUGGCCUGCAAUAUAUAAGCAUUAUGUGUUCUAAAUAUAUAUGUGUGAA